UCCGUCUCCAUCGAUCAGUUUCCGAAGAUGAACACAUCAAACUUCCCUUUCUUCUUCUCGAUCUUCUUCACAGUUUUCUUCAUCGCACGAAGCUCUCGAAUCGCCGAUGUUUAUUCGUUGCCAAAACACGUCGCCUUGUUCGUAUUCGGCGAUUCCUUUUUCGAUUCUGGAAACAACAAUUUCCUCAACACUACCAAGGGGUACCGCGCCAAUUUCAUGCCCUACGGCGAGACUUUCUUCAAAUAUCCGACCGGAAGAUUCUCCAAUGGCCGUCUCGUGCCAGAUUUCAUCGCGGAGUAUGCGAAUCUGCCAUUGAUUCCGUCGUAUUUAGAUCCUCGCACCAAACGUUACAACUACGGCGUGAAUUUUGCAUCCGGUGGAGGCGGCGUUUUAGUCGAAACUCACCGAGGAUUCGUCAUAGACCUUGGAACUCAACUCAGGUACUUCAAGAAGGUGGAAAGAUCGAUUAGGAAGAAGCUCGGAAGAUGCAGAGCCCGUAGAUUGCUUUCGAACUCUGUUUAUCUGUUUGGAAAUAUACAAGAAAGGAGGAAGAAAAUUUGUGGUUGCAGCGGUGGCUCCAAUAGGUUGUAUGCCAAACACGAGAGUGAAGACAGGGAGGCAGUAUGGAAGGUGUUGGGAUGAGCCAUCGGCGCUUGCAAGGCUGCACAAUGAGCUUCUUCCUAUUGCUCUGCAGAAGCUUGCUAACAAACUCAAAGGAUUCAAAUACACCGUUGCUGAUACCUAUACUGUGCUUCAAAACAGAAUAGACAACCCUUCAAAAUAUGGUAACCCCCCAACAAUGUUCUUCAUCUUUCUUAAAUUCUCUUUGAUUCUUAGUAUAUUGGUAAGGUAAGGCAGAGAGUGACAGCGUAUAUUUUUUGAUUUUGUGCUUAAAACAGUGUCCAUAGAAAGAAAUGACAGAGUAGAAAGUAGGAACACACCCUAACCUAGUUUAACUAGUUAGGAAUUUGAAUUUACAAUCCUGGUGGUUGUUGAAUCGAACAAUUUGACACGUAUCUAUAACUAUCUGGAUGAGAGCUUUCGUGUCAUUAGCUGAUCGUUAAGGUUAAAUAUAGUAGACUCCUUUUUGUCUCUCUCACGUAAAGAGAGUUCACGUUGUCUUGGGAAUUGGUAUUCUUGUCCAUUGUAUAAUAAAGUCUCCUAAACACCACAUUCGGUAAGUUAGGAUUGAAAAGAAGUAGGCAAUGUGUAACGGCUCAAGCCGACUGCUAAGAGACAUUGUCCUCAUGUUGUUUUGGGAACUGGUAUUCUUGUCCAUGGUAGAAUAAAGUCUCCUAAACACGUCAUUUGGUAAGUUAGGAUUGAAAAGAAGUAGGUAAUGUGUAAUGACUUAAACCCACUGCUAACAAAUAUUGUCCUCUUCCUUUUAGGCUUCCUUAAAGGUUUUUAAAACAGAUCUACUCCGGAGAAGUUUCUGUUGAGGAUUGUUGGGAGGGAGUCUCCUAAACACCUUAUUCGAUAAGUUAGGAUUGAAAAGAAGUAGGUUUUUAAAACGCGUAUACUCGAGAUAAGUUUCUGUUGAGGAUUGUUGAGAGG